UGUGCUUGUACGAGACCUUCAAAAUUAGAUACAGAGGAGGUAAAAUCAGACGAAACAUCUGAUUCAGACGAGGAUGACGAGAGCCUCGAGGAAGAUGAAAAAUCAGAUAACGAUGACGAUGAUGAUGGUGAUGAAAGUUCCGAUGAUGAAAUGUCUAAUGAAAACAAUGAUGGUACAAUAACAAAAAAAGUCAAAGACAAUGCUCAUAAUUCACCAAAGACAAAUAUUAUUAAAAAUGGAAGUUCAACAAAAAUAUUUAAUUCCAGUCCACAAAAUAGUUCAACAUCCACUGAAAUUCUUUCACAGGAAAUUUCGAUCGAAAAUCAAACAAAAAAUGAUUUUGAACAAAUUUCAUGUGGUCAGGAAAUUGCUUCUAGUCCAACAGACAGUCAAAAUGAAGUUGAAUAUGCGGAAAUUUUACCCAGGAAUUUAAUAUCCGCGAAAGAUGAUUCGCAAGAAAUCGAUACAACAAGUAACAAUGAUGAAGUUUCAAAUAUAGUGGAGAAAAGUAGCGAAGAUUCAAUUGUUGAUGAGAAAUUUCCAAUAUUGGAAAAAAUGGAAGAUAAUAAAUUGCCAAGUCCAGAGGAAACAUCGAAUAAAUCACUUAUUAAUUUACCCGAGCCAGUUAAACAAUUUUCAGAGUCAAAAAAAAUAAAGGAACAAAUUUUUCAACGAGAAAUGAGCCAAAGUUUCGAUGACGAGGAUCCAAGUCCGGAAAAUUCGUCAAAUACAGGCUCAGUUGUUCACAUACCAAGUUCAAUUCCAGACAACGAAGUGAUUAUUAGUCCAAAAAAACUUUCAAUCAUCAAAAUCGAUACUCCAAGUCCGGAAAAAGAUGUUUCUAAUUUCAAAAAGAAUUCAACUUCCGAUGAAAAUAUUUCCAGUCCCGAAAAUAGAUCAAUUAAAAUCACAGACAACGAAGCUCAGGAAAUUAGUAGUGUUACUCCACCACUCGAGAAUCAAAUUUUCAUUCCACCAUCGGAAGUUGAGGAGGAAGAAAAAGAAGAAGAUUUUGGUCAACCUCCCAAUAUUGAAGGAUUCGAUGAAAACAUGGAAAUUAUUCAACCUCCCGAUGAUGAGAAUUUUUCAUCACCACCACCACCAGUAGAAAAUAUUCCAAUUCCCGAGACUGAUGACAAUAUUAUACUCUCAGACAGUGGCUAUUUUAUUCCACCACCGGAAAUUGAAAAUUUUCUCCCUAAAAUUAAUGAUGAAAAUCAUCACCAAAAUAUUGAUGACGAUGACAAUUUUCUUCUUCCACCACAACAAAUAAUCACUGAGGAUUUAAUUCCACCACAAGAUUAUGAGGAUUUUAUUCCACCUCCACAAAAUGAUGGUUUUCUUUCACCACCACCGGAAAAUGAAGAAUUUCUUCCACCUCCAAUUAAUGAUAUUAUGACAUCACCAUCACCGGAGAAUUUAGUGUUGAGUUUACAAAAAAGUCCAUCAUUCGAUAGUGAUGUUCCAAGUCCACAAAAUACAUGGACAUCAAGUUCAACAGACGAUGAAAAACGUGCAAUCGAAAUUACCGAAUUCAUUGGAAUUGCUGGCAAUCUAAAACGUGACAAAUCUCCCUUACAUCACGCUCCUGCAUAUAUCGAGAGAACGAUAGAUGAUGGUCCAGAAGACGAGGGAGAUGAUUCGGUAUUUGAGUCAUAUCCCACACCACCCCCACCUCCAGAAAUUGAUUUCGAUAGCAGUAGUAGAAAAUCAGUGCCACCACCUAUUCCCCAAUGGCUGUCUCAAGAGGACGACGAUGAAAACAUCUCAGAGGGAUAUGGAGGGAUGCAAGAACCCCCUGCAACUCCAGUCGCACGUGACGAGUUGGCCUUGAGGCGGCACAGGUUUUUCUCAGACUUGUUACAAGCAACGAGAAAUUCUGCUGAACAUAGAGUGAGCUUCGACCCUCUGGGACCCACAGUUCAUCUCGGUUGCGAGAGUGAUGAGAGAGACGAGCACUUGGAGGAAUUGGUGACACGACUAGAAAAAGUAACAAGACGCCUCGAAAGAGUACCACAGGGAACACCUGAGACUCAAGAGAUUGCAGUACAAACGAAAACUCCCUCACCGGAAAAAUCACCAUCUCCAAAAAAGUCAUCGAAGGACAGUAUCUCAUCUGAGGAUCAGUGCUCACAGGGUUCAACAUCUUCAAUAUCUUCCGCUGCGUCGUCAAUUGUUGAAAUCAACAACAUGUCAGUUGCUGGAUAUGAAGAGCUUGUCGGCGGUCCAGUUCAGGAAUACUUGGCCUUGAGUCAAAAAAUUGGGGGUGAUGUUACCGCUCACAGUCAACUGGUGGAAAAAGUUUUUCAAAUUCAACUUGCCUUUAUAAGAACAACAUCAACUCGGCCAGCACCUGCAAAUCAGACCGAACAAGUGUCACUUCUUGGACCAACGUCAACGCAAAUUCAACAGAUUCAGGAAUUUCGGGACAAACACAGAGCAUCGCCAUUUUUUAAUCAUUUGUCAGCAAUUAGCGAAAGUAUCCCUGCAUUAGGAUGGGUCGCAGUAUCUCCAACGCCGGCGCCCUAUGUUAAAGAGAUGAAUGAUGCUGGACAAUUUUACACGAAUCGUGUUCUAAAAGAUUGGAAGGAAAAAGACAAAACACAUGUUGACUGGUGUAAAGCAUGGAUACAGACAUUGGCGGAGUUGCAGCAAUAUGUGAGAAAACAUCAUACAACGGGAUUGGUGUGGGCAAAAGGUGGCGCAGUUCCUCCACCUCCUGCAGGUGUUCCUCCUCCACCACCGUCGAUGCCACUUGGUGAUGUUGCACCAGUUUUAAAUGACGAUCGUAGUGCACUAUUUGCCCAAAUCAAUCAAGGAGAAAAUAUCACUAGAAAUUUGAAGAAAGUUACAUCCGAUAUGCAGACACACAAGAAUCACAAUCUGAGGACUGGACCAGCACCAUUUAAAGCACCAGCGACGGCCAAUUCUGGAUCUCCAAUGAAAACCACUUUACCCGCUAAUGCACCCAUCGAUAAACCUCCAGUUUUUACUCGCGAUGGAAAAAAAUGGCUUGUGGAAUAUCACAAGGGUAAUAAGAAUUUAGUAGUGGAAAAUGCGGAAAUGAAUAAUGUCAUCUACAUGUUCCGCUGUCAAGAAAGUACGUUAGUUGUUAAAGGAAAAGUAAAUUCGGUCGUAAUGGAUUCCUGCAGAAAAUCUUCCGUUGUUUUCGACUCACUCGUAUCAAGUAUUGAGUUUGUUAAUUGCCAAAGUGUACAAAUGCAGGUACUUGGAAAAGUUCCAACAAUUUCUGUUGAUAAGACAGACGGUUGUCAAAUGUAUUUAAAUCAAGAGUCGAUGAAUGUAGAAAUAAUUUCUAGUAAAUCAAGUGAAAUGAAUGUCAUGGUCCCGAAGGGAAAUGGAGAUUAUACUGAAUUGGCAGUGCCGGAACAAUUUAAAACGACUUUAAGUCCCAAGGGUCUCACCACUGUCGCUGUUGAUUCUCUCGGCUAAAUUAUUGGUAUUUCGCUGCUUUGUAGUCUAAAAAUCUGACUCUAUAAUUUAAAAAUUAAUAAGCGAUACGAUUUUUCGAUAUCACCAUAGCAUGAUAUGUAAUUUAUUUUCAUUUUCAAUUAAGGCUUACGAGCAAAAAAAAAAAAAAAAAAAACUCGUAAAUAGAUUUAUAUAAAACAAAGGACUGACUUUUGGUCUUUUUAAAAUGAAAUUUAUCAUUCUAUUAUAAAUUUUUUUUAUUAUUAUUUCAUUGCUAUUUAUUAGCUUUUUCAAAGGAUUUUGUCAGUUUAGUAAAAUGAAUUUGAGAUAAAUUAAAUAGUAAUUAUAGAAAUUGUCUUUUUACAUAAAUUGCUGGGUUACAAAAAAAAUUUUCUAAAAACGUACAACUAAAACUAGACAAUUUUUUUCUAGCAAGUAUAGCAUUUUUUUCGAAAAUCACUUUUAAUUAUGACUAUAGUGUGAGAGAAAUAAUAGAUUUGUUUUCAGAAAAAAAAAUAGAAUGAAAAUUAUGUGGAUAUUUGAGGUCGUGUAUUAUUGCUCGAGGCGUUAAAACUUCUUAAUAUUUAUAGUAACAAAAAAAUAAAUAAUCUUUAGUGCAUGUUUUUUAAUAGUAUGGAAUUUUUUUUAUCCAAAACCAUAUCUUUUAAUUUUUACACUAACAGUAUAAUACAAUUAUAUUGAUUUUAAUUCAACAAAAACCUUUCUAUUAUUUAUUUUGUGAAAAAUUUUUAUAAAUAAAUAAUAUUUAUUUUAUGAGAAUUGAAUAAAAUAAAAUUUUAUGUUCUAAAUUAAAAAAUUUUAAACAAAUGAGAAUUUUUAACGACUCGAUCAAUAAACAUUUUUAGAACACGACUUUAAGUUUGACUGCUCGCAAUCAAGGACUUUUUUUUUUCCUCAAAAUUGUAAGCGAGAUAUUUCGCCUAAUAUUUUGCUCAAAGGAGCAAAAAGAUACUAUACUUUUAUAGUACGAUAAAAGGUGUUCAAAGCAGUCUGACAAAAGUGAAAAUAAUUCUCUUCCCGCACUUUUAUACAUUUACACAAUUUUUCUAUAUAAUCGUAAUUCAAACUUUUGUCUAGACUCGCGAUUUUUCAAAUUGAAGACCUUUUCGCCCUGGAAUUGUUUAACAAAAAAAAUUUCAUUUUGUUUUUUUAGAAAAAAGAAGUUGAAUAGAAUGCACACCAAGUGGCUUUUAAGAAAAUAAUUGAAUUGAAUACUGUAUUUGUACAAUUGUCGAAAUAGAUCGACAUAAAAAAAAAAAAUAAAAACAAAUUGUAAACUAACGCACGAUAUUGUAAAAAUAAUAAAUAACGAUAACAAUAAUAGAAAUAAUUAACAAUAAUAAGCAGUAAAUUAUAAUAAUACUUAAUUAUAACAACAAUAAUAAUUAUAAUAAGAAUAUUAUUGUUAAUAGAGUUUAUUAAUUAAAAAAACAAUAAUGAUUGUUAAUAUUGUUACUUACAAUAUCGUGUGUCACACUUUUUUUUCUUAUUGAUAUUCUAGUAAUUUUUAGAGUUCGAUAAUCACGGAACUUUUGUUCCACAUACAAUUUACUUUGUGAAUCAUAUUCGAUUUUAAAAUCGAAACACUGUAUACUAAAAACAUUGAUAAAAUUGUAAUUAAUAGAAUAUCUCGCAUCAGAAUUAAAAUAUUUUCCAAUUUUUUUGUUUAAUAUUAUUAGAUAGUGGGAAUUUAUAUUGCUUAAAAGCAAAAUAAAAAAAAAAGGAAAUACAUUGCAAUAUAUUGUAAUGUCUUUCUAAUUUUGUUUUAAAAAAUAGUCUUUUCAAAUUGACGAGUUUUUGUCGAAGCACUUUUAAUUUAAGUUUAAAUUUAAUUUGAGCUUUGAAAGUUUUUUUUUUUAAAGUCGUGUCUAGAUAGAACACUACCAUCUUUGAAUUCCUGUUUCGGUGCGAGCAAAGGUCAAAAACAAAAAUAAAUAAAUAAUGUGCAGGAAAUAUCGAUUAUUAUUGAUCGAAAUCAUAUUUAAUCCAACGAAACAAUUGCUGUAAAGUGGUUUUUUCGCACAUACGAAUUUCCUAGAAAUGAAGAUUAGAUUAGCGAUGAAGGAAUGACGUAACAGAUCAAAAAAAAAAGAAAAGAAAAGAAAAAAGAAGAGAGGGUUUCGACUCUAAUAUUUAAAAUUUAAAGAGUUUUUAAGGAAAUAAUUUUAAAUAUCCUUUUUAAUUCCAGUAAAAUCUCCUAAUAAACUGUUCAGCCUUUGUUUUUGUGAAGAGAUUCAUUUCUUCAUAAUGUCAUCCAUUUAAAAUCUCUUCUCUCUUAAUAAAACGAAAAUUAUGCUA